AAGUGCUGCUUAUCCCAACAGAAAUUCACAGUUGCAUCCCACAUAGACACCGAGAUGUCCCUGGGAAGGAAAAAUGUCCUCCAAUUCAUACCAUAUGGAAGCAAUGGACAAACCCAUUCAGAUCAAGUAACUUUCUCCUCGCUUUCAUCAUUUUGAGUCUGCACACUGAAGAAUAAAGUCUUUGUGCCACAGCACCUUCUCACCUAGGAAUCCAAAGGCCACAUCCAUGUUUAAAUCUUCUGAUCUCCCAUAAGAUAACACAAUGCAUUAAUGCUGAGACACUAUGGGUAUGAACAGGUGUGAUGCAAGAAUGAAAGUAAUGCCUAAUUUUCCUAUUAAUUCUUCCAAAACAUCAUCUGUUUUUAAUCCCUAAAAUGGAACCUAAGCGUCUGGACUAAGUCUCAGGGUGGUUUGAAUUAUUUUUGUGUGUAACAUCAAAAGCCACAGGAAGAUUCGUUUUUAGGUGCUGUCCCUUCUAAUUCUAACACCACUUCUCCUGCUAGCCCUUUGACUAACAUCUAUUAGCAGUUUAAACAAGAUUUCCAUGCCCAUGAUAGCUUGCAGAAUCUCCUUUUAUGUUUCUGCUGAAGAACAUGGUGUCAUUCAGUCUCCUCCCUGUUCUGUACUAUGUUCUAUGAUUUCACGCCGUACAUGAGGGGGAAUCUUGAAAUGUCCAUACCUCUGAUUCUCACCACGCCAGUCUAUGCUGGUGCACAGAAUUGUAAUAUAUGAAUAAGCAAGAGCACAAAGGCAUGGAAUCAAAAGUAGCUAUGUAAAGACUAAGAGACCUUUGGAUCUAUUGCUAUAACUCCCAAACACUACAUCUCUCCACUAUGCCUGGGCUUUUGCCAAUAUGCUGAAGACUUACAUGUGGCGUUUGAUGCUUUCAUAUUAUAACUUAGACUGUCUGACUGUAUUAUGAUGUUUCAAGAAGAGCAGACUUCUGCAAUCCCGUGCUGGGCAUCCCACAGCCCAUGCAUGUCUAGUAGAACGUAUGGGAUUAAUCUCGGGCACGUCGACUCCCAGCUGAAUUAUAUGCCAGUAGCAGGUUGGAAAAUAUAAAGAGAAAUCUGUCUGGUUCCAGCUUCAGUCUCACUGCUUAAACCCAUGAGAAGGAAGGAACAAGGCUGCAACAAGAAGUCUCGAAUCAUUUCCUAGACACCCAGAAUAUACAGAUCCAGUUACCCUCCUCCAUUUCCAGGAUCAGUUAUGGGAGCCUGGUUCAUCUUUGACAUGGUUGGCUUCAUUUUAUUGGACAUGGUGGGGAUCCCAGGGAACCUAGUCAUCCUCUAUGCCUUCACCCACAUGUUAAUGUGCCACAGAAAAGUCACAUCCUCUGAAAUUAUCCUGAGCAAGCUCGCGCUUUCCAACCUCCUGGUUAUCCUGACUCAGGGGAUCCCCAUCACCCUCAAAACCUUUAGGCUUCAGAACAUGUACAAUGACCUGCUCUGCAAAAUUACCCUCCAUAUUUACUGUGUGGGCAGAGCCAUGACCAUUUGCAUCACCUCCCUGCUGGGCUGUUUCCAGUGUCUCCUCAUUGUCCCAUCUCCUUGCAAAUGGUUGCGCUUGAGAGAGAAUCUGCUGAAAAAUCUCUCCUCAGUUAUGAUUUCCUUAUGGUGCUUCAACCUCUUUGUGUGCAGCACCCACCUGACUUAUUCCUCCUCCCAGGCUGUUGCAAACUCCUCCAUCAUCAAAAGCCACACAGUGGUGUACAACUUCUGCUGCGUGGUGUUCCCCAGCCGCCUUUUGUACUUAGGAAACGGGGCAGUGUCCAUCAUUCGGGACUUGUUCUUCCUGGGAAUCAUGACUCUUUCCAGCUGCUACCUUCUCUCCAUGUUUUAUCAGCACAGGAAGCAGGCAAAACAUCUGCUGGGGCUGCACACAAAGCAUGCAGAGAUCCAGGCAGCCAAAGCCGUGGUGGCUCUGUUAAUUAUGUACCUUCUCUGUUUUGGGCUGGACACCCUCUUCUGGAUCUAUACCCUCUGUGCGGACCCAGUCUCACUGAGGCUCAUUGAUGCACAGAAGUUCCUUGAUUCCUGCUACUCAGCCAUCAGCCCACUGGUGAUUAUCCUGACCAACAAGAAGGUACAGACAGGUUUGAAAUGUGCAACCAGGAGGAGACCGUUAUCAGGUGCAGAAAGUAUCUCAAAGUACAUCCAAUGAGAAACAAAUGGGCCAGGUAGCAACUUUCAGGCUUAAGGCUUAUUCAGCUUUGUUUUUAAUAUUGUGUGUGUGUGUGUGUGUGUGUGUGUGUGCGUGCACACAGCAAUUUAUACAUCAAGUAUCUCAGAACAACAAAACAAAAAACAAAAGUAAAUUCUCCAUGAGACAGAGUGAAAACACAGGGUAAAAAAAAAAAUCUUGUAUUUGACUGUACAUCCAGGCAAUAACAAGAGAGGAAGGAUGGUCUUGUGAUUAAAGCACAACUUGGGGAAACCUGGUUUGAUUCCUACUUGAGCCAUAGACUUCCAGUGUGAGUAGAGAAAGAAACUAGUUUCCUUCCAUCUAAAUAAGUACCAAAGUUUCACUAAAUAUACUGAAUAUAUUCAGUAAAAACUGGGGUACAUUUUCUGAAAUAGUCAAAUUGGAAAGGUUUCAGAGUAGCAGCCAUAUUAGUCUGUAUCUGCAAAAAGAACAGGAGUACUGGUGG